AUGCCAGAGGAAAAUAUCAGGGAUUCAUCCCAUUCUUACAGGAAAAUAGUUCCUUGUGCUUUCCAGUUAGCUUUCCAAGAGCAAAAGGAUAGGACAGUGCUCUGCUUCAGAGAGUGGAGCUGAAGGUAUAGAGAUGGGAGAGGGAUGCCACCUUUGACAACUGUUGGUGUGGCAGCAAUUCCUCCUGUGGGACAGAACGGCUAACGGACAGAUGGGUCAGAAUGCGAAUUCCCUAUCUCAGAGAGUAGGGAGGGCUCCCUGCGGCCUCCUCCCUCCAGGAGGUGGGGACAAGGUGGAGCAAGGAUUGCGAGAGGAGGAGCUCCCUCAUCACCACAAGCCCGGUCGCGUCCAGUCUCGCCUGGGCGCCGAGGAAAAGCUCUCCUAAUCGCCGCCACUAGAGUAGCCUGUCCUGGUGCCCCAGUGCCCUGCCCCCAUCCAGUCAUGACCCUGCGCCCCUUAUUCCUGCCCCUCCAUCUCCUGCUGCUGCUGCUGCUCAGGGGGGCGAUGUGCCGGGCUGAGGCUGGGUUCGAAACCGAAAGUCCCGUCCGGACCCUCCAAGUGGAGACUUUGGUGGAGCCCCCCGAACCGUGUGCGGAACCCGCUGCUUUUGGAGACACGCUCCACAUACAUUACACGGGUACCUUGAUAGAUGGACGCAUUAUUGACACCUCUCUGACCAGAGAUCCUCUGGUUAUAGAACUUGGCCAAAAGCAGGUGAUUCCAGGUCUGGAGCAGAGCCUUCUAGACAUGUGUGUAGGAGAGAAGCGAAGGGCAAUCAUCCCUUCUCACUUGGCCUAUGGAAAACGGGGAUUUCCACCAUCUGUCCCAGCGGAUGCAGUGUUGCAGUAUGACGUGGAGCUGAUUGCACUGAUCCGAGCCAACUACUGGCAAAAGCUGGUGAAGGGCAUUUUGCCUCUGGUAGGCAUGGCCAUGGUGCCAGGCCUCCUGUGUCUCAUUGGGUUUCACCUAUAUAAAAAGGCCAACACACCCAAAGUCUCCAAAAAGAAGCUCAAGGAAGAAAAACGAAACAAGAGUAAAAAGAAAUAAAUGAUAGUACUUUUUAAAGA